UUGUGGAUGGAAGCUUCACGGUUCUACAAAAUUUGUGCGACGUUCCUGGCCACUCUUAGCCUAAUAUGAUGCAUCAGAGCCUCCGCAUCGUCGAUCACAUUGCUACGCCGUGGUUGGAAGGUGCCUCUUUGCAAAAUGACUUCAACAGAGACGGAUGUUUGGGUUUUAUGGAGGAACUUCGCCCCGCCACCGGAAUGUGUGCACAUGGAGGUAUAGAGCUUGACAUGGUUUGCGAGACAUGGAAAUGUCGGCAACUGCUGGGAGUCGUUCCCAAGCAUACAAGACUGCUCGUUUUCCUCCGAGCUUGACUCCUCUCCUUACUCGUCGUGUGCUCAGUCCCUGAGGAGCUAAGCGGACAGCCAUGAAGCUUAUCUUUGCGUCUCUAUUCGGUCUUCUGGCGGUGCAGCUUGCUGCAUCCGCCGUGCCUAGCCAUAAUAUCGCUGGUCUAAGGAUCAUUGAACAUCCUGACCCAAAGAAGAGAGCACUCCUGCAAAACCUGGUGACAUGGGAUCAGACAUCCCUGUUCGUCCGUGGUGAGCGGAUCAUGAUAUGGAGUGGUGAGGUCCACCCAUUCCGUCUUCCCGUACCGUCCUUAUGGUUUGAUAUCUUCCAGAAAGUCAAAGCACUCGGAUUCAACUGCGUGUCCUUCUACGUCGACUGGGCCUUGGUGGAAGGAAAGCCUGGAAACUAUUCUGCGGAGGGAGUAUUUGCCUUGGAGCCAUUCUUUGAUGCGGCCAGUGAAGCUGGAAUCUACCUCCUUGCACGACCUGGUCCUUAUAUCAACGCAGAAGCAUCGGGUGGAGGCUUCCCAGGCUGGCUGCAGAGGAUCAAAGGCAGGCUGAGGACCACAGAUACUGACUACCUGAACGCAACGCAGAAUUAUGCCAGCCAUGUGGCUGCCACUAUUGCAAAGGGGCAAAUCACCAAUGGCGGACCUAUCAUCCUGUAUCAGCCAGAGAACGAGUACUCAGGCUUCUGCUGCGGUCUCACCGGACCAGACGGCCAAUAUAUGCAAGAUGUCAUGGACCAAGCUCGAGCGGCAGGGGUUGUGAUCCCUUUUCUGAGCAACGACAAUGCUCCUCAUGGUUUCAACGUACCCGGAAGUGGUGUGGGAUCUGUUGACAUCUAUGGGCACGAUGGCUAUCCCCUUGGGUUUAACUGCGCAAACCCAACUGUUUGGCCAGCGGGGAAUCUUCCCACCACCUGGUGGCAGCUCCACCUCCAGCAGAGCCCGACCACCCCUUAUAGUAUCACGGAGUUCCAGGCAGGAUCUUUCGAUCCCUGGGGCGGACCAGGUUUUGCGAAGUGCGGCGCAUUAAUCAACAGUGAGUUCGAACGAGUCUUCUACAAGAAUGACCUCAGCUUCAGCGUCAAGAUUUUGAACCUCUACAUGACAUACGGUGGUACGAACUGGGGCAACCUUGGCCAUCCUGGUGGCUACACAUCCUACGACUACGCAGCUCCCAUUGCCGAAGGGCGUCAAGUCUACCGCGAGAAGUAUAGUCAGCUGAAGUUGUUGGGCAACUUUAUCAAGGUUUCACCCGCAUAUUUCGACGCAACCUCUAUGCCUAACUCCACGACUCUCUACACAAACACAGCCGACUUGACUGUUACGCCAGUCAAGGCCAAUAGCAGCGCCACCACAUUCUAUGUUUUGAGACAUACAAACUAUACAAGUCAGAACUCGACCUCGUACAGGCUGAAUCUACCUACAAGCGCUGGCGACCUGUCAAUUCCACAACUUGGAGGCACAUUGACACUGAAUGGGAGAGAUUCAAAGAUCCAUGUCACGGACUACGACGUCAACGGAACCAAUAUUCUCUACUCUACGGCAGAAAUAUUCACCUGGAAGGACUUUGGUCCACGAAAGGUCCUUCUGGUAUAUGGUGGACCAGGUGAGCAUCACGAGAUAUCGGUAUCGUCGAAUGUGUCGCCCACCCUGCUCGAGGGAUCUCAGUCAGGCCUGACUUUCCGAAAUGGAAGCAGUGUUGUCGUUGGGUGGGACACUUCUUCUGAACGGCGCAUUGUGCAAGUGGGUGACUUGGAGAUUUAUAUACUUGACAGGAACUCCGCUUACAACUACUGGGUACCUGAAUUAUCGAACAGUGUCUCCAAUACUAGCUUCAGUUCUCAGGAGAGCACUGCAGCCUCCAUCAUCGUCCAAGCAGGUUAUCUUGUUAGGGCAGCUUUGCUCAAUGGUACUGAGUUACAUCUAUCGGCAGACUUCAACGACACGACAUUCGUUGAAGUCAUCGGCGCACCGAGUUCCGCAAAGACUCUCUUCAUCAAUGGUCAGGAGCUGGGAUAUACUACAAGCAGCGUCGGAGACUGGACCGACACGGUAAACGUGCCUUCUCAAAAUAUGACUCCCCCGAGCCUCAACAGUUCGGAGUGGAAGUACAUUGACAGUCUUCCUGAAAUCCAACCGACCUACAACGACUCACUAUGGCCUACCGCAGACCAUCCUACGACUAAUAACACUUUGCGCAAUUUGACGACCCCCAUGUCGCUUUACGCCGCUGAUUAUGGGUUUCACACUGGCUCUCUGCUCUAUCGCGGACACUUUGUUGCUCAGGGCAAUGAAUCAAGCAUCUACCUCAAUACCCAAGGAGGCUGGGCCUUUGGGAGUUCGGUUUGGCUGAACCAGACCUUCCUUGGUUCCUGGGCGGGGGUCAGCACGCAGAACAAUACCAAUGCUACGUACAAACUCACCCACCUCCAAGCAGGACAGCCGUACGUCUUCACAGUCCUCAUCGACCACAUGGGGCUUGAGGAGAACCCCACCGUCGGUGGUGACUUGAUGAAGACUCCUCGUGGCAUUCUGAACUAUGCCCUUGCCGGACGAGACGACACUGCCAUCACGUGGAAAUUGACCGGCAAUCUGGGCGGCGAGGACUACCGUGAUACGGUUCGUGGUCCUCUAAAUGAAGGAGCCAUGUAUGCGGAACGUCAGGGUUGGCACUUACCUAACCCACCUAGCCAAAACUGGACAUCACGCACCCCAUAUGUUGGUAUCUCCCAGCCCGGAGUGGGCUUCUUCAGUACUCAAUUUGACCUCAAUAUCCCGUCGGGCUGGGAUGUGCCAAUGUCGUUCUCGUUCAGCAACAUUACUCAGCCUCCAGCCGAGUACAGGGUGCAGUUGUUCGUCAACGGAUUUCAGUACGGAAAGUACAUCAACCACAUCGGUCCGCAGACGAGUUACCCUGUGCCUCCAGGCGUGUUGAACUACCAAGGCACGAACUGGUUGGCGCUGACGCUGUGGGCGCAUCAGCCCGCGGGAGCCAAGCUGGAGGGGUUUCAGCUUGUAUACGACACGCCGGUCAGGUCGGCAUUGGCGAAUAUUGAAUUUGUGGGACAAGCAGGAUAUGAGCCACGGCAAGGAGCAUAUUGACGGCACCGUUUCUUGACACAGUGAAUGCUCCAUUUACGCCUUAAUUUCUUCCGAUGAAAUGAUUAAUGCAUGCACAUAA